AUGGCAGAGGUGAAGCUACACGGAUUUUGGUAUAGUCCCUUUCUUUGGAGGGUAGUAUGGACCCUAAAGCUAAAGGAUAUACCAUAUGAUUAUACAGAGGAAGACCGCUUCAACAAGAGUGCUCAACUUCUUAAAUACAACCCAGUGCAUAAGAAGGUUCCAGUGCUCGUUCAUGCUGAAAAACCCAUAUGUGAGUCCAUGGUCAUCGUUGAAUACAUUGAUGAAACAUGGCCACAGAAUCCAUUGCUUCCUGCUGAUCCAUAUGAUAAAGCUCUUGCACGGUUUUGGGUCAGAUAUGCUGAUGACUUGGUGGUUUCUGCAGUUGUGGCACUCAUCCUUAGCAGCACUGCUGAAGAGCUGGAGAAGGCAAUAAAGAAGAUCUUGGAGCAUCUAAGAGUUGUUGAGGAUCAGUGUUUAGAUGAUGAGAAGAAAUUCUUUGGAGGAGACACUAUUAACAUUGUUGACAUAGCUUUUGGAUCCAUCAUCAGUUUUCUUGAGAUUGCGAUAGAUAUCUUUGAAGUGAAGAUCCUAGAAGCUGAGAAAUUCCCUCAUUUUCAUUCAUGGUUUAUUAAUUUUAAGGAUGUCCCACUCAUCGCAGAAAUUAUUCCUGAACCGGAGAAACUUGUUGCUUAUAUUAAGUCUCUCAGAGAAGAAAGAUCAGUAGCUUUUAUUAAGUGAUAUAUAAAGCAUUUGUAUCUUUAUGUAUCAUCUCUCUAUAUGCGUAUUUCUGUGUUCCCAACCUCUCUGUUUGGGUUUGUCUUGUAUUACUUGAAAGUAAUAAAAGUUUAA